GGCAGACGGUGUGAGCUCUUAGUUGUGGCAAGGAAACGCGGGCCGAAUCUAACCUUAUCAUUGAUACAACUCGAAGGAAAGACGGUUAGAUCAGUGCGAGUGUCUGACGAACCCUAAGGAACGCCAUACAGAGGAAAGAGUGGGAUAUACGGAUAUUACUUAGCUAACAGUAAGACGCAGGGAGUGUCCCUCCUGCUGAUGUGGGGUGCGGCGACGGCGGUGUGGGUGGUGGUUGUGGUAGGUCUGUGGGGCAGCGAGGCUGCUGCUCAUGGGCGCUACACUUUGGGUGACGCCCUUAUAGACCCCACAACACCAGGGCCUGAUGGGAAGCCGUAUCCGAGCGCGCUAAUCAAUCGCCUGUUUUCUGAAGGAGAGUUCCAGCCUUCCAGAAAAAUGCGGACGGGCAGAACUCUUCAUCGAAUCCUGGACCCAGAGACUACAAGGGCGCAGCUCCUCUCCACGUACCAGGGUACCAACCAGCCGAAGAUGCUGACGCCUGAGGGGCGCAGCAUGGACACCGGGUCGCCCACCAAGAAUCUGGUAAGCAUGGCGGACGCUGUGAAGCUCGCCACGACCACCGCUGCAAAGACGCCGCGCAUACAUCCUCGUCGGGGGAGGGAGGAGCGCAAUGUCCUCAAGGCCCGCCCGCUCGCCUAUGCCGCACCAGUUACAAUACCACGGCGCCCAUGUACGGCAUCAGCCUCACCUCAGGCCAGCCCGUCACCAUCGUGCAGAAGUUCCCUGAUCUCUUGCAGCAAGUGAUUUUCGAGAUAUGCGAGACGGACACAUGCGACUUGCUGCAGGGCCAGUGUGUGCAGACUUAUGUGCCCUACCUGUUCCUGGUUAUCCCGCUGGGCCCUGUCACCCUCACUGGGCAGGAUUACGUGCUGGUGGAGUCUGGGUGCACGUGUCAACCCAAAUACAGCCAAGGCCCCAUACCAUCACCAGUAGACGCUAUACCGGGACUUUAAACUUUAUCGUGUCUUAAUUCUUGGCUCGUAUUCUUAAUCGUUUCGUUUUACCUCGAUAAUUGUUUAGCUACAAUGGAAGUUAUUGUGGUUUUUAUAGAAUGUUUUCAUGGUUCUUGUGAUUCCUGUGAUAGUUUAAUAGGUUCUACAUCAUUAUUGAAGGGAAAAUCGUCACUGGAACGUGACUUAUCUUCUCUGUGAUCUGUGAAAGUAAAUCUUGUGAGAGUACAAAACGUUUAAGAAUACAAGCCUCGGUCUUCGUCUCCUCUCUCACCAGACACACUGUACAAGUUUAUGGAGUGCUUCGUGUUACCUGAAUGAAGGCGAAAAUUGAGAUAUAGAUUCAUGAAGAAGUGGAAAGUAUGACUGUGAGUUGAACUAGUUUCUUUUUCUCUUUUUCUGGUUUGAUUUAUUCACCUUCCUAUUUAUUUAUGCAUUUAUUUAUUCACUUAUUUAUUUAUUUAUUUGUGUGUAUUUGUUUAUUUAUCAUGUUUUGUUUUACUUGUUUGUUUGUCUGAGUGUUUCUUUUUGUCACUGUUUUUGUUUUUGUCUUUUGUGUUUUUUUUUUUUUUUCUUGUCACUGUUCAAGUUUGAUUUAUUUUUACUUUUCUUGCUCUCUUUUGUUCCUUCCUUCGUUCUCUCCACCACAAGUAUAUUCAGCAUCAUGCUUUUGUAAAUAUCACAGUGCAGUUUUUUUCACAAAUAUUAAAGAAAGAAAGCAAUAUCUUUAAGUAUAUUGAAAGCGACACUUUUUAAAAACAACAAAUUGUUAUCUGUUA